CUCCCUUCAUCACUGCUGCAGUAUCUCAGCUCCUCAGUCUCUGACCUUCCACAGGGACCAUGCAGGCGUUUGUUCCCAGGUUGUAUCUGACUCCAGUCCGGGACGAGGAGGCAGAGUCUCAGAGGAAAGCAAAGUCCCGUCAUGCCAGACAAACUCGCAGGUCAACACAGGGCGUGACGCUGACUGAUCUGAGAGAGGCUCAGAGGACCAACAUCCUGUCUCCUCAAGACAGAGAGAAGGAGGAAGGAGGGACUCUGGAUGACAGAUUCUGUCUAAAGAAAGGCUUCACAGAUGACAGGAGGCUUUUGAUUGGUGUGACAGAGUCCAUGGAAGAACCUGAGAGCAGCCUCAAAUGGAUCAAACUGGAUGAGGAGGGAAAUACCCAGCCGAGGCUCGAGACGCUUGCCGAGUCUCCAAACGUGGCAUAUCCGUCUGUUGUUGGAUCCUGCGGUGUGUCUUAUUGCAACAGCUCCUGCAAAGCUCUCAGUGCCGAGUCCGUCCAUAGCAGAGUCUCUGGCAGGCUGCCACAGAAAGCUGCCAAAGCUGAAGAGAGCAGGGAGAGGCAGGAGGCCAGGGGGGAGGAGGAGGAGGAGGAGGAGGAGGAGGGUGGAGGGACCGGGAGGGUGACCAAACACUGA